AUGGCGUCUUAUUUCUCUUCUAUAACAUCGAUAUCCAACCUCAGUACCCGCUUCACCUCUCUCCGGCGUGCUAUAUCCGCAGACGAGACAGACGACCCAGAAAAUGAGGAUCUCUCACAUAUCUCCAACGUUCUACGCGCGUAUUACAACGAAAAGGGCCGCAGGUUACCCCCUUGGUUACCCCCAGAUAAGAAGUCAGCGUACAGCGCCCCUGUUAUUGCGACUUCUCAGACAUCUUUCCAGGGCUAUGGCGGCACUCCUAGCCAGUCAGGUGGCCUAGGGGACCUGUGGGAUGACUCUGGGCGUUCGCAUACGCAACAUCAACAAGCUACAGGGAGUCUUCGUUCCGGUCGAAGCCAGAAUAGCCUGACAGGCCAUAAAAAUGGUUUACCGUCGUCCUUAAAACCCGCUCCAAACCACCUGCCUCACCGUCCUGGAGCCAGCUUGAGAAGCCAGAGUAACGGAUAUGACCGCGAUCCCUCACCUCAGGCUGGAGGCCGAUCUCAGUCUACUGGCGGAGCGAGACCGCUACCCAGCCAGCGUGCUGGUUCAUACCAAACUUCCGGUGCCCAACUGUCACGUCCGGAAGGGAUGGAUCGAACAUUAUCUGGUGCUUCUGCGCAGGACAGACUUCGUGCGCGGUUGCACGGUGGCAGCAAACCAUCUUUAGGCACUAGCAAGUCCUUUGAUUCUAGUUCCGCUUUGGGUGAUGGAGGAGGCUAUUCUGGAGGCCAUAGUGGUGGUUAUCGAUAA